UCUGGUUGAGAGCAGGGCAAGCAGUGCCUUAGGAGGCGUAACUUUUAUUCAAGGAUAUGAAAGCAGACAAGCCUCAGCAAAUGCAAGCAUGACCCAUACAGUGGAAUUUCUGAUCGAGCCCUCUUACAGAACCACAAUGGUAUUAUUGGCCCUCGGUUCUCCACAGAGAUGUCAGCUGAAGAGACUCAAAAUACGGCACUAAUCCCAUCACAACUAAUAAAUCUUUAUUGGAAUAAUUAGUGGUAAGAGGACAGCCUGUCUUUGAAACAGGACAAGCUUGAGUGUGCAACUGACAGUGUUAUCCAUAAAUCUAAGGCACAGUAGUUGGACUGAAUGGGAGAGGGUGGGGGCUGGGGGGUACACACUGGACGAUUCAGGUCUGCAUCAGGGUGAGGUAAUGAUGUAACCAGUCUUGGGGAAGGCCUAUCCAUGUGUUCAUGUGCAACUGUCAGUUUCAAGACUUGUCCCGUCCUCCUAGAAUACAUUUACAGCUAUAGAGAAGAGGGUUUAGAUCAGUUAAGAGGCGACCUGUGCCAGACAACGAUGUGGGGAGGCAUCCUCUGCCACUGAUGUAUCCCAGUGACAAAAAGUCUUUAAAUAAGCGCAGCAGCACUUGGACCUGUCAGUGGCCACGUAGGUGGAAUAUGCGAUUUCUAUGACUCAGUCUGUCAAUCUCACUACCAAAAGGAAAGAACAGGAAAAGAGUAAAUAAAGUGACUGGUACAGGAAACACUGAAGAUCCGUGCAGUAUCACAAUGCUGUAUAACUGCACCAUUGUAUAGGCGUGCAUGUAAUACUUCAGUGUCAGAACAUAAAGCAUGGGAGCUCCAAAACUCUUAGUCCAAAUGGCAGUCUUUUGAAAUGAAAAACCCCUUUUUCUGCAUGCCAAGUUGUAUAUUUCCAGCCUGUCCACUCAUUUAAUUCUCUGCUGCUCCAUCCCCUCAGCUCUGUGAAGCUCCUUCACUCACCCUCUGGGCUCAUCGGACCUCCACAGCCACACCCAGCACCACCCUUUCCUACCUCUCUCUCUUCCACCCCAUUUUCAGUGCUAACCUACAGCUGCAACUGGUGUCCACACUUUCCUCUUAAUCCUCACACCUACCCCCACUUCCUGGCUGAACCACUGCCAAACAUCUCACCACACUCUUUCCUGCCAAUAUGGAGAAAGUGCAGCACAUCACCCGCUCAGCUAUCCGGAGGGCAUCCAACAUAGAGGUGCCCCCACAGGCCAAGCAGAACACGCAGGACCUCUUUGUCAACUUUUGCCUGAUCCUUAUCUGCCUACUGCUCAUCUACAUCAUCCUCCUGUUGAUGUGAUGGGGUGAAGUCACACCUGUGGAAACCCAACUGGGUGAACUUUACAGGGGGUGAAGCUGAGGGUAUAUGCAAAAGGGAGGGGACUACAAGCCUUCUAGGGAAUUUGUGUGAAGGUCAAAGAUUGUGUUAGUUGGUCAAACUGUGCAUGAUCAAUCUCCACUCCUGUGGAACAGCCGCUGGGAAGAACCCAGUUGUCUGUCUGGGUUCUAGGCCCACUCUAACCAGAGAGAAUGGCUGCUGGUAAAAGCUAGGCCGAUGAAGGCCAGGAACUGAGCACGAGAUCUCACGUCAUGAGCACCACCUGACACGCAACCUCAGCCUGCACUCCUCCAACUCCUCUCCUGGGCCUCCCUGCCAUUUGCACCUCUCUGCUUAAACUUCGUUUUGUGCUGUGCCUAUGCUUGCUGUGUUCAAAUAAAUGAGGUAUGUAUUGAAAACAAACUGGGAAUCAACUGUGUCUUAAUGAACCAUUCUCUGUUGCAAAGUCUUGCCUGACCUUCCCAUGACCUUAGAAGUAACAAGAAGCUACCAGUUAAGCAGGCACAGUUUCAAUAAUUAAUAGUCAUACACUUGUUUGAUCUGGACAUUCCUUCGGCAUCUGGAACUUUCAUUAGAGAAAAUUCAUCUUAUUUGGCGUGUUAUCACUUCAGAGCGUGAUAAAUUAUACAGAGUUAUGAAGUCAUUCUCAAACUUACUUGAGGGAGAUGCCAUAAUAUUAUUAGAAAUGCAACAUAGUUCUUAACAGUGCAUAAGAUAGCAUCCAGGAGAGAACCACCUGAAACCCACAUUUCGGUGCCUGGAUACACAGUUAAACUCAACAAAAUGUUAUUGGAAGCUAUUCCAGUCAUAUUCAAAACC